UGCUUGUUGCAGGCGUCUAUCCAGGGGGUCUGGAGACCGACGCUUUGAAGUGAAAGCCCCUCUCCAGGAAGGCAAGCUGAUCAGUUAGCAUGGCGGCUAGGAGGCUGGGUUACUGAAACGGCGCCGUGAGGGGAAGAUAAUAAGCAGAAGCAGACAAAGUUGCUGCGUGUUUGUGACCGUCAUGUGGAGCGGUGGUUUGUAACAUGACUCAGAGCGUCACAGGCGGAAGGUCACGGAGCAGCAGGACGGAGCGGAAGCGGGAGUAAAAAAAAAAAAAAGCCUGUCCGCCAUUGUGGAAUAUAGUGAGGGAUAUUCCUCUCACUUUCAGACUGACUGACUGACUAAACCCCCGAGUCAGAGUGACGCCUCCUCCUCGGCGGACACAGAGUCGCCCGAAGCACCUGGAAGAGGCCGGCCGUCGUCAGCUCUUAGCCCCGGCAGAGAGAAAGAGAGAGAUAGAUAGCGAGGGGGGGGCGAGAAGGUGAAGAAGAAGAAGAAAAAAAACACCGCCCGGUAACGUUCACGGACGAACCAGGAAAGCAGCACCGAAGUGCAGGAAACGGAGAGACGAGCAAGAAGAAGAAGAAGGAGGGAGGGAGCGAGAGAGAAGCCGCGGACAGUCUGACGAGCAGCUUUCGGUUCCUGGAGGAUGUCUGCGACCACAGUCGAUCAGAGAACCAAAGGACAAGGCCACAAAGUGCAAAACGGAUCCAUGCAUCAGAAGGAUGGUGUAAACGAGGAUGAUUUUGAGCCUUACCUAAGCGGCCAGACAAAUCAGGGUAACAGCUAUCCACCAAUGUCUGAUCCUUACAUGCCCAGCUACUAUGCUCCAUCCAUUGGUUUUCCUUAUUCUCUGGGAGAGGCUGCAUGGUCCACAGCUGGAGAUCCACCCAUGCCCUACCUUACUACCUACGGACAGAUGAGUAACGGGGAGCCGCACUUUAUCCCCGACGGUGUUUUCAGCCAGCCAGGUGCCCUAGGAAACACCCCUCCCUUCCUCGGGCAGCAUGGCUUCAACUUCUUUCCCGGUAGUGCAGACUUUUCCACCUGGGGUACCAGCGUCUCUCAGGGUCAGUCAACUCAGAGUUCAGUCUAUAGCACCAGCUAUGGCUACGCCCCCAGCUCACUGGGUCGGGCGAUCACAGACGGACAGGCGGGCUUCGGGAGUGACUCCCAGCUCAGUAAGGUCCCAGUGCUGAACAGCAUAGAGCAGGGUAUGACGGGGCUGAAACUGGGCACCGACAUGGUGGCGGCCGUCACCAAAACCGUCGGCUCACCUCUGGGGGGCACAGUGGGCAUGAACAGCACGGCGACCAAUAAUCUCCCUCCCUCCGUCAACUCGUCUGCCCCCAAACCCGCCACCUGGGCGGCGAUCGCCAAGAAGCCGGCCAAACCCCAGCCCAAGGUCAAACCCAAAGCCAACAUGGGGAUGGCGGGAGGCGCCGCCAUCCCCCCACCCCCGAUUAAGCACAACAUGAACAUUGGUACCUGGGACGAUAAGGGCUCUUUAAACAAACCCCCGUUAGCUCAGACUAUGAUGCCCCAUCAGCCUCUGGUGCAGCAGCCGCUCCUAGCUCAGCCCCAGCCCUUACUGCAGAACCCCCUGCCCCAUCAACCUCCUCACCAACCCCAGCAUCAGCACCAGCCCUUCCAGCUCCAGUCUAUCCAGUCACCCCAGCACCCGCAGCCUCUGCCCCACGGCCCUCCCCACCUGCACCUCCCCUCCCAACCCGGACUCCCACAGCACCUUCACCAACAGCAACCUCAGCAGCUCGGCCCGCCCCCCAACCGCUGGGUCGCCCCCAGGAACCGCGGCGAGGGCUUCGGGCUGGGCGGCGGGGUCCCGCUUAGUGCCUCCCCUUGCUCCGGAGAGGUGCACCCCGUGCUGGAGAAGCUGCGCACCCUCAACAACUACAACCCCAAAGACUUUGACUGGAGCUUGAAAAACGGACGCGUGUUCAUCAUCAAGAGCUACUCGGAGGACGACAUCCACCGGUCGAUCAAGUACUCCAUCUGGUGCAGCACAGAACACGGGAACAAGCGUCUGGACGCCGCCUACCGCUCGCUGUGCAACAAGGGGCCCCUGUACCUGUUGUUCAGCGUCAACGGCAGCGGGCACUUCUGCGGCGUGGCCGAGAUGCGCUCGCCGGUGGACUACAACGCCUACGCGGGCGUCUGGUCUCAGGACAAGUGGAAGGGCAAGUUUGAGGUGAAGUGGAUCUUCAUCAAGGAUGUGCCCAACAACCAGCUGCGUCACAUCCGGCUGGAGAACAAUGACAACAAGCCGGUGACCAACUCCAGGGACACUCAGGAGGUGCCUCUGGAGAAGGCCAAGCAAGUGCUCAAAGUGAUCGCCACUUACAAGCAUACCACCUCAAUCUUUGAUGACUUUGCACAUUACGAGAAACGUCAGGAAGAGGAGGAGGCGUUGAGGAAGGAGCGCAGCAGGAACAAACAGUAACCUUCAAGCAAAGCCCUCCGCCGGCGCUGCAACACUAACGAUGAAGGACCUUAAAUCAAAUUAGCCUAACCCCCAACGGUGGAGGGGCUGCCGCGGCCUGUCCUCCCAAGACCACAAUGUAUCUGAACACUUGAACGCGACAUUAGGUGGGCUCAUCCUGUAUCCGUUAAUUGGUGCAUCAGAACCCGGUUCUCCUGUCUCACCAGGGGGGAGAAAAAAAAAAAAAGAAGAGCGUAAUCUGUUCGAAACUCUGUCUUUUAAGCACUUUCAGUCCUUUUAAGCAGCCUCUGCCAAUACCCUUAACUAUCUAACUCUGUUCUUUUUGAUUAUUUUUGUUUGUGAGCUUCUAACAGAUUAACCAGAGAAGUCAUUGAUUUUACUUUGUAUUGUUUAUUUCUCGUUAUUCCCUGGAAUGUUUGGGAUGUCGGUGAGUUUGAUCUGCACCUGAGGAGAAUUAGAGAUCGCUCAAUCGGGACCGAUCUCCAUCCGAUCCUGCCAGACGGCGAGCGCCGAAGAUCGACGGGUUUGGGGGGUGGAGCGAUCGGCCACAAUCGCACCAAUCGUAGGGUCGGCCCUACCUCGCCCCCUUUUCUUUCUGCAUCUUUUUCUGUGUACGAAAAGCUUCUGAUUAUGCAGCUGGCUGGUGAACCGUCAGCAUACGCACCUUUUUUUUUUUUUUUUUUUUAAUUGUUUUUUUUUUUUUCUUGUGAUUCUGUCAUUCUGAAGUGCAUUUGUCUGAGGAGAAAACCCGCUGCUUUGCCACAGUUGAAACUGGUGACUUGUCUUUGCUCUGAUGUCCACGUUCUCCAACUGGAGCCCAGGCUAAAGAACUCUGUGGGAGAACCUCCACCGUCAGCUAAUCGACCGGGUGGAGACUCACCCCCCCCCCCCUCCAACAAAAGAACCAUCAACUGCAAAGAUGUGAUAGUUUUCUCCUCUUGGUAACUCACUAGCUAAAUAAAAAAAGACUUAUGUUUAGCGCUAA